CAUCUCCAUUAUAGAGCUAACAGCCCAACUUUGUUAAGCUUUGAGAGAGAAAAUAAUGGGGAGAGCUCCAUGCUGUGAGAAAAUGGGACUGAAGAAAGGUCCUUGGACACCAGAAGAAGAUCAGAUUCUCAUCAAUUACAUUAAUCUCUACGGCCGUAGCAACUGGCGAGCACUCCCCAAACAAGCUGGUUUAUUGAGGUGUGGAAAGAGUUGCAGGCUACGGUGGAUAAACUAUUUGAGGCCAGACAUUAAACGAGGGAAUUUCACCAGGGAAGAAGAAGAUACCAUUAUCAACAUACAUGAAACGCUUGGUAAUAGAUGGUCGGCAAUCGCGGCGAGAUUACCGGGACGAACAGAUAACGAAAUAAAAAAUGUGUGGCACACCCACUUGAAGAAGAGGCUGAAACCGAACCAUGGUUCCAAUGACAACAAACGACAAACCAAACCCAACGUCGAUUCAUCCAAAGACAUCAAGCAAGAACAACAACAACCACCCAUGGAUUUUCGAACCGCCGUUGUAACUGCCGCAGAUACGCCAGGUUCCACACCGGAAUCCAUCAGAGAGUUUUCCACAGUAACCACAAGCGAAAACAACAGCAACACGUGCACGACCAAGAUUGAAACACAUGAAGAUCAUGUGUCUGAAAUCGAUGAGAACUUCUGGUCGGAAGUAUUGUCGGCCGACAAUUCAGGCAUGGCCCUUGAUUUUCAAAUACUCAGUUCGGACACGCAACUUCAUCAUCAGUACUUUCUAAGCUCACAAUUACUAAAGUUGGAACCGGUCAAUGACUAUGGUUCAAAUAUAUAUGAUAUGGAUACUAACAUGGAUUUCUGGUAUAAUCUUUUUGCUAGAGAUGGGGAUUUAUCAGAAUUUUGAGUGGCUAGUUUAGUU